CCGGUUUCCUUCUGCUCGCAGCAAUGGGUCGCCGAAGUUGGGGCAAGUUUGUUUUGGGACUGCGGCGGCGGGUGAAACCAUUCUGAUCGGUCCCGAAACGUAACUUCGUAGUCCGCGCAACAUGAGCCGAGCGCUGUUGCGCGCACUGUGCGCACCAAGAGAUGCUGUCGUUGGUCAGUGGUACACGAGCAGAACUUUCGCAUCAGCUGGUUUCUGGGCUUCUACAAAAACCACAGACUGGAACCGCGCUGUGUCGAACGCAGAGAAAAUCGUCGGCUAUCCGACGUCGUACUUCAGCCUGCGAUGCCUCCUCAACGACGAAACGUCCAACAUUGCAUUCCAUGUGCGAAAGUUGAUCGGUACCAAUCACCCCGUACUGAAGACAGCAAAGCGAUUGAUAUACAAUGGACGCACCAACAUUCAGACAAGAGGUCUCAUUGUGCUGCUGCUGUCAAAGGCAGCUGGCCACCCAAGCACGCGGCAGGACUGCCUCGAGGAAGAGCGUGUGGCAGGCAUCACGCAACGGCAGAGGUCGCUGGCUGAAAUCACCGAGAUGAUCCACACGGCACACCUGAUUCACCGUGGUGUGCUGAACCUGUCAAAUGACCUGUUCCCUGAUGCCACCACUCUCAAGGACCUGCAAUUUGGCAACAAGAUAUCCGUCCUGACGGGGGACUACCUUAUUGCCAAUGCCAGCAAGUCCCUGACGGAUCUGAAGAACUGCAAGGUGGUGGACUUGGUGGCAACAGCCAUUGGAGACUUCAUGCAGUCAGAGUUUCUGGGAGACCAUGACCAGCAGGGCAGUCCCAUUCCUAGCCCAGGCAUGGGCAUCGCCCAGUGGGAGGAGAAGAACUAUCUCUCUACAGGUUCGCUCAUGUCCAACAGCUGCCAGGCCACACUGGAACUUGCAAGUCACGAACAGGCCUUCCAAGAGCUUGGCUUCGAGUUCGGCAAGAGCAUUGGACUUGCGUGGCAGGUUCAUUCCGACCUGCAACCCUUUGUCGACACGUACAGGCAUCCUCCUGGCAUGCCAUUUGUACUGACGUCGGCGCCAGUUGUUUUGCACCUGGAAUCGGAUCCAAGCCUCCUUGAAGAGAUUCGCAGCCACAGGGACAAUGUUGAGAAACUGGAUUAUCUGAAGGUUCACAACACUAUUGUAAAUGGAGAUGGCAUCGAGAAGACAAAGGCCCUUUUGGAGUCCUACACGUCAAGAGCCCUUGCUGUUCUCAACCAAAUCCCUCCUUCCGAAGCAACCACCGCCCUUCGGAACAUUGUGCAAGCUUUGAGAGAGUGAUAUAGUUUAUAUGUUGAGACUGACAUUUUAUUAGGUGGCACAACUAUGUAAUUCUAAUGACUCGCAAUGGUGUUUUCUAUCCAUAUCAGCUGCUUGCUUACCUUUUUCCCUGACAAGCCAUUGCACAAAUGAGAGCAGGCUGCUAGCAAAGAUAACAGCAGAGCGCAUAUCGUCCGCAAUGAUUCGUUGUGAUAGAUUGUGUAAGUUGCUUUCAUUGCAGCAACUAUAAUCUGCUGCUGUGACAUCGUGCUUCAUGUUAAAAAGAAACUUGGAACCUAGAGGCAUGGCAAGUCCUGCUCACAGAAAAGAGAAUACGUGCAAGCUGUUAAUAUAAGUUUUGUCUGUCACAACUUUGUUGCUUAAAAAUUUACCAAGGGUGCUUUUAAGCUUUUCAACACAACGCUUCACAUACUUAGGGAGUAACAGUGAUCAUCACCCAAGUGAAGUACACCCCCUCCACUCCCUUAGUAGCAGCAGGCAUGAAUGCUCAGCAUUCGCAAUCCUGUUAUGGAUUAGCAACACGCAGUAAGUGCACUUUUUUGUAUAGGAAACAGUGGGCACUCAAUUCCAAAAAGCCAUGUGUGUGGUCUCUCCCAACAGUGUGAGUUCCAUCCGGUGCAUCCGCAGCUGUUACAUGAAAUACAAUGCAACUCCCACAGACUUGGUUGUGUUAGGUAGGUUAUGAUAGAUUUACGUUGUCACAUAUAAAUAUCGAUCCAUCUCCCACCAUUAACACCUCAAAAUAUGAGAGAGAAAAACUGUUGAAUAUUUCAGCACAGAUUAUUUAAAUUACAACUUUUGACAACCUUGAAGUAUGCAACAAAAUAUUU